AUGCCGGCAGGACAUGGAGUUCGUGCAAGAACGAGGGAUCUGUUCGCUAGAGGGUUCAGGAAGAAGGGUACAAUCCCAUUGUCGACAUACCUCAGAACCUUCAAGGUCGGAGAUUACGUCGAUGUUAAAGUGAAUGGUGCGAUCCACAAGGGUAUGCCUCACAAAUUCUACCAUGGUCGUACUGGUCGUGUCUGGAAUGUUACCAAACGUGCCGUUGGUGUCGAACUUAACAAACAGAUUGGAAACAGGAUCAUAAAGAAGAGGCUUCAUGUGCGUGUGGAGCACGUGCAACAGUCUAGAUGUGCUGAGGAGUUCAAACUGAGGAAGAAGACGAACGAUGAGCUCAAAGCUGCUGCCAAAGCAAGAGGCGAGACAAUAAGCACCAAGAGGCAGCCAAAAGGACCCAAACCAGGAUUCAUGGUUGAAGGUAUGACCUUGGAGACUGGAAUACGAGCAAAUAAUAGCAGCAACCAAAACAUUGACAACAACAACAACAUUGUCAAGGAGAGAAGAAGCAAGUCGAACAAAAUCUCCAAGAAGAAGAAAAAGUCACAUUCUUCCAGCAUAGCAAUCGUCGAGGAAAGACCCGAUUAUAUCAAUGCCAAGAACAAUGAAGAAGAAGCCAUACUAUUACCCACUGAUGCCAAGAAUUCAACCCCCAUAUCAUCUAAUGAGGAGGGUGAUCACAACAAGAAGGUGAAUCUUGAGAGAAAAUCUUCCAGGUCUGUUUUCCAGAGACGUGAGGCAUUGCAACAACCUAAGAUUACUAGAAUAAGCAGUGUUAGUAAUGGAGAAAGAGGUGCUCAGGUUAUGGCUGGUUGGCCUUCAUGGUUAGCUUCUGUUGCUGGAGAAGCUAUCAAUGGAUGGAUUCCACGUAAGCCAGACUCCUUCGAAAAAUUGGAAAAGAUUGGACAAGGAACAUAUAGCAGUGUGUACAAAGCAAGGGACCUAGAGACAAACCAAAUAGUUGCACUGAAGAAAGUGCGGUUUGCUAAUAUGGAUCCUGACAGUGUUAGGUUCAUGGCGAGAGAAAUAAUCAUCCUUAGAAGGCUUGACCAUCCCAACGUUAUGAAGCUUGAGGGUUUGAUCACUUCGAGGGUGUCAGGGAGUAUGUAUCUUAUAUUUGAAUAUAUGGAACAUGAUCUCUCAGGCCUUGCUUCAACACCUAGUGUUAAAUUCUCUGAGGCACAGAUCAAAUGCUAUAUGAAACAGUUACUACAUGGUCUAGAACACUGUCACAGCCGAGGCAUAUUGCAUCGUGACAUCAAGGGCUCGAAUCUGCUGCUCGACCAAAACAACAAUCUCAAAAUUGGAGAUUUCGGUCUAGCCAACUUUUACGGCCCCCACCAGAAGCAGCCUCUCACUAGCCGUGUUGUAACUUUGUGGUACCGUCCACCUGAACUCUUGCUCGGUUCAACGGACUAUGGCAUUACUGUGGAUAUGUGGAGCACAGGUUGCAUUUUAGCAGAACUCUUUAAUGGGAAGCCUAUCAUGCCUGGAAGAACUGAGGUGGAACAACUUCACAAGAUCUUCAAACUCUGUGGCUCACCUUCUGAAGAGUAUUGGAAACGAUCUAAACUUCCGGACGCAACCAUCUUUAAACCUCAGCAUCCUUACAAGAGGUGUGUAGCCGAGACGUUUAAGAGUCUUCCAUCUUCAGCUUUGGCACUUGUUGAGGUUCUUUUAGCUGUUGAGCCUGAUGCUCGUGGAAACACGGCUCUUGCUCUUCAAAGCGAGUUCUUCACGACAAUGCCUUAUGCAUGCGAGGCAUCAAGUUUACCAAAGUACCAACCGAGAAAGGAAAUUGAUGUGAAGAAAGGCACGAGCAGUAAACGGAAUGAGUCAAAACAAGUAUCUAGAGAAUCUAAACCUGUGCCGGCUCCAGAUGCAUCAAUACAAAAGCAGCAAGGGCAGAGUAGCCAGACAAGGAUGAGUGAAAAGUUCAAUGCUAAUGAAGAUGCAUCACUGACACAAAAUGGCUAUAGGUCCUAUGGCCUGUCCUCUGUUGAUAGAAAUGGAGCGAAUGUUAUGAUGGUGGGUUCGAGUCGGUCACCAAGAAAAGAACUGAGGACACAACGUUCUUUUGUUCAACGUGGAGCACCGCAACUGUCAAAGUUCUCAAACUCGGUUGCUGCUAGAGAUGCAUCACAUUUCUCUAUAGCUAAUCCACGGUGGCUUGAAGAUAGUUAUAAAAAUAACAACGAUGGUGAUUGGUCUCAACGUCUGUUGGUUAAACCCAAAUAUUCUACAAAAGACAAAGAAUCCAUACGAGGUCAUGGUGAAAAGAUAGAGAGGAUGAACUACUCAGGGCCAUUGGUUUCUAAUGGAGGAAACUUAGAUGAAAUGUUGAAAGAACAUGAAAGACGGAUUCAGUUAGCUGUUCGAAAAGCUCGGGAUAAGAAGACUAACAAGGACUAACAUGAAAGACAGGCUCAGGCAUGUCUUGCUGCAAUGUAGAAAAGUUUGGUGAGGUCUUGUGUAAAGUACAAACCUCUAAUCAUGUAUAUUUACUCUUCAUUCUUUUUAAUUAAUGUCGGUAUAGUUUUUUUUCUCCUCUUUUUAAAAGCCAUUGUUGUCCUUAACUUGGUCUAACGGUAUAUGUUCGUACAUAAAACAAGCUGUGAUGUCUUUGUCAAGUA